GGGGCUUUACCGUUGCCGUCGCGCUUUUAGAGCCGCCGCCAGCCGCCUGCAAACCGCUCCAGCGCCGUGGCGGCGGCUCCCAAAAUCCCGCGGCGAGCGCGGGGCGGGCGCGGCGAUCCCGCUCCGUCCUCCCGUGCUGCCCUCCUUGGCUUCAGCGCUACCGCCGCGGCCCUCGGCGGCCGGCGGGGCUGCCCGGCGCGGGGUGCCGGCGAUGUCCGGGUCCCGGGCGGCUCCUCCCGGUUGAGCGGCGGCUCCGCGCGGGCCCCGCGCCCUCCCCGGGCACCCGCGGCCCGCCCGGCCGGGCAUGAGGCGGAGCGGCGGCGGCACAAAGGCUCCUGCGGGGCUGCGCGUUGCCUGAGGCGGCCCAGCGGCGCCCCGGGCCCGCCGCGCCCCGCGGGGCGAUGUCGCACGAUCACGACAUGGACAGGACGAUCAAGGAAACCUCCAUUUUAGAGGAAUACAACAUAAACUGGACUCAGAAGCUGGGAGCUGGGAUCAGUGGGCCUGUUAGAGUCUGCAUGAAAAAAUCCUCCCAAGAACGCUUUGCACUGAAAAUCCUCCUCGAUCGUCCAAAAGCUCGAAAUGAGGUACGUCUGCACAUGAUGUGUGCAACACAUCCCAAUAUUGUUCAAAUAAUUGAAGUUUAUGCUAACAGUGUGCAGUUCCCACAUGAAUCCAGCCCCAGGGCUCGGCUCCUAAUUGUAAUGGAGAUGAUGGAAGGGGGAGAGCUCUUCCACAGAAUCAGCCAGCACCGGCACUUUACUGAGAAGCAAGCGAGCCAAGUAACAAAGCAGAUAGCUUUGGCUUUGCAGCAUUGCCACUCACUAAACAUUGCACACAGAGACCUCAAGCCUGAGAAUCUCCUCUUCAAGGAUAACUCUCUGGAUGCACCUGUUAAAUUGUGUGACUUUGGGUUUGCCAAAGUAGACCAAGGUGACUUGAUGACACCCCAGUUCACUCCCUAUUAUGUAGCACCUCAGGUAUUGGAGGCACAAAGAAGACAUCAAAAAGAAAAGUCUGGUAUUAUCCCCACCUCUCCAACCCCUUACACUUACAACAAGAGCUGUGACCUGUGGUCCCUGGGGGUGAUUAUCUACGUGAUGCUGUGUGGGUACCCCCCCUUUUACUCCAAGCACCACAGCCGGACGAUUCCCAAGGACAUGAGGAAAAAGAUCAUGACAGGAAGCUUCGAGUUCCCAGAGGAGGAGUGGAGCCAGAUCUCAGAAAUGGCAAAAGACAUUGUGAGAAAGCUGCUGAAGGUCAAACCUGAGGAACGUCUGACCAUUGAGGGGGUGUUGGACCAUCCCUGGCUCAAUUCCACUGAGGCCUUGGACAACAUCCUGCCCUCUGCCCAGCUGAUGAUGGACAAGGCCAUGGUGGCAGGGAUCCAACAGGCUCAUGCAGAACAACUUGCAAACAUGAGAAUCCAAGACCUCAAAGUGAGCCUGAAGCCCCUUCACUCCGUGAACAACCCGAUCCUGCGCAAGCGGAAACUCCUGGGCACCAAGCCAAAGGAUGGUGUUUACAUCCAUGACCCUGAGAAUGGAAGCAACGAUUCCAACGUGGCUCUGGAGAAGCUGAGAGAUGUGAUUGCUCAGUGCAUUCUACCACAGGCUGGUAAAGGAGAGAAUGAAGAUGAGAAGCUGAAUGAAGUGAUGCAGGAGGCCUGGAAAUACAACAGGGAGUGCAAAUUGCUGCGAGACACCCUGCAGAGCUUCAGCUGGAAUGGCAGAGGAUUCACAGACAAAGUGGAUCGACUAAAACUGGCAGAAAUCGUCAAACAAGUGAUUGAAGAGCAGACAAAUUCCCACGACUCUCAAUAGCUGGAGCUUCUUAAUCUUAUUUUUUUUACCAUUUAAGAUUUAUUCUUUAACUGUAAAAAGUAUUUUUAUGUAAAUUAAUAAAUCAUAAUUAUUUC